CUGUCAAAGUCAAAAUAGUUGCUGUCAAUCGGAUCAGGUUGAGUGAGGUUAUGUUGUUUUUAACAUAGAUGUGCAAAAUAUAUUUAAUUAAUAAAUAAAAUAAGCUAGAACUUGAAAAAUAGAAACAGCAAAUGGAAGACUCACCAGUUGAUAAACGUCCACAAUUUGGUAACAGAUAUCUGGAAAAUGUUGACGAAGUUUUCAAACACAACGCGUGGGACAAUGUUGAUUGGGAUGACGAACAAGAGAAGGUAGCGAAGGAAAAAGUUGAGCAAAAUUCUCAAAUAACAUUUUCUGAGGACCGUUUGAAAUCGUUAGAAGAGGAUGCAGACAAACAUUGGGAUGCAUUCUAUGAUAUACAUCAAAACAGGUUCUUCAAAGACCGUCACUGGUUAUUCACCGAGUUUCCUGAACUGGCACCGGAUAAUACAUCAGCACCAGUGAGGGUAUAUCCUGAAGGUGAAAAUAAUGCCAGCACUAAUGCAGAGACUAUUCAACCUUCAGGCAACACAAAACGUUUCAUAUUUGAAAUCGGUUGUGGAGUCGGUAACACAAUAUUUCCGAUACUACAAUACAGUCGAGAUCCCAACCUUUUUAUUUAUGGUUGUGACUUCUCUUCAAAAGCCAUAGAUAUUAUGCAACAAAGUGAGCUCUAUGAAACCAGUAGGUGCAAUGUAUUUGCACUGGAUGCAACACUUGAUAAAUGGGAUGUGCCAUUUGAAGAAAGCUCUAUUGAUAUAAUAGUUUUGAUAUUUGUUUUAUCUGCGAUUGAUCCAGCAAAAAUGACAACUGUAAUCAAGAAUAUGUACAAAUAUCUAAAGCCUGGAGGAUUAGUUGUAUUCCGUGACUAUGGCCGCUACGACUUGGCACAACUCAGAUUUAAGAAGGGCAGAUGUAUAUCUGACAACUUUUAUGCCAGAGGGGACAACACCAGAGUUUACUUCUUUACACAAGAAGAAAUAACCAACUUGUUCAAAGAAGCAGGAUUCGCAGAAGAGCAAAAUCUAAUAGACAGAAGGCUUCAAGUGAAUAGAGGCAAAAUGUUGAAAAUGUAUAGAGUUUGGAUACAAGGAAAAUAUAGAAAACCACUUUAAGAGUAA